AUGUCAGCAGGCAAGGGAGGAGGGGAAAUGAGAGAGUCGCCGGCCGGCAAAGAGAUGCACUCCGUUGGGUCGUCGAUUGAGUUUCAGGUGUGCACAGACUCCAAGGCAAGUAGUCGCGCGAAUUCAGAUGGCGGCGGUGACGCACCCUCCUUGCGUGAAGAAGUUUGUGGUAGCGGUGUCGUGAGUGGCGUCCAUGGCUCCCCACCGGCGUCGUCAGGGCCCACCGACCGACGGCACGUUGCAGCGGCGGUCGAAGGAGUGGGGUGCGCAAUGACACAAGAGAGAGAUGACGACAAGAACGGACAUGCCCGCCCGCACCAGAGUACACCUGCGUUGCUGCUUCCACUGCCACAAGGAGCGGCAUCAACGAUGGAGGGCGCGGUGGCGCAGUCGACAUCCCCGGGCAGACUGUCUCGUCCGACGGCGACGGUGGAAAGAACAGCGAGGGAUGACUUCAGCAGCCUGAAUUCCGCGACGGGCCGUGGGGAGCAGCGUGGGCGCAGUGACCCACGCGGUGACGAGAAAAAAGCGAGGAUUCACGCCAAGGCCGCGCCUCUUCCUGCCGCAACCCCCUCACAUGGUCGACUGAUUGACGACAAGUCGGGUGGCUGCUGGGCCAACUGUGGGCCCAAAGUACGGUUUCCGUUUUUUAAGGGCUUCCGCGGCAUGUUCUCUUCAAAUAAGAGGAAGAAGAGCCAACAACAUCAGGGAGGCAUUGCGCGUGAGGCACAUGCAUCUGAAGGGGCGCCCGCAGGAGGGAUGGCAACAGCAAUCGUGCCCAUGGAUGAAUCUCGGUUUACUUCUUUUGUUACUCCGACGCCAUCACCUCCUGUCGCUGCUGUUUUCAGACCCAGCGACGAGGAGGGAAAGGGAAAAGGUAUUUUGGAUGGAUACAGGGUACACAACGAGGAUUGGGCUCGGGAGUCUCAUGGGAACGGGCAAGAUGUGGAGGAAGAUCCCAGACAACAGCGAUCUCACGAUAUAAGGACACCGCCGCACUCAUUGCAAGAUGAGAAACUACAGGAAGAAGACGUUUCAAAGGCACGAGAGGCCAAGAAAGUGAAAGAGGUGACUGACGGUGGUGGUAGCGAGGCUGUAAAGGAGGUGGUGGAGAAUGUGUCAAGAUCUGUUCAGGCAUCGCCGUCGCCCGCAGCCUCUGCACCGUUAGUCACAUUGGUGCCGCCUGUGGGGACGGAUUUUCACUCCAGAUCAAACGCAUCGACCCCACGGACGCAUGAGGAGGAAGAGACUUCAGGUGCAGUCACACCGAAACUGUGUGAUGAUAUUUAUUCCACGAAGGAUGAAAAUUCAUUGUGUUUUGAGUUUGAGGAGGAAAAGGAAGAGGCGAAUGCGGACAGCAAUGAAAGUCAGUUUGCAUCGUCUCACAGCCUUCUGUUUGCAAAUCUGGAAGUAAAGGCGUUGCCCAGUGCCGAAAAGGCCACAACGAGUUCUACGACAACGAUGCUGACCGAGAAGGUUGUCCCUAAUUGGCUGCCUGUGGUACCCAGACGGAGUGCACGUGAUGAGUUCCGGGGACUUGCAACUUCCUCCGCGAAGAGGACACAUUCAUUCAUGCGUGCAGCACAGCGCGGCCAUGAGAGGCGUGCCAAUGGGAAUUAUAACGCUUCACGUGAAACGUCGCAUGUCACAAUUGCUUCGUAUCCGUGCCGUAGUCAUUCUGCUUACGAGUCUACUCGCCGGAUGCAAAAUGGAAAGAAGAAACCCGAAGAGGGAGGAGAACCGGGAGAUGACGAGAGGAUGGCGACGAUGAUGAUGAGGGCUUUAACGUCUAAAACCUACGCUUCGUUAUUGCCUCCCACGUUUCACACCGCCGUCAGGUUUGGUUCACAACGGAAUGGAAAGCAACCGAAAGAAAACAACAAGGCCGUGACUGCACGAAAGGCGUCCGUUGUGAGGUGGUACACGUCCACUCCACAGGCAAGGAAAAGGGCAGCUGCUGUCCUCAAGUCACGAAGGGACGAAAAAAGCAGUGGGCAUUCGCUGCAGCAGAGGGUGGCUUCAAGGAACGGCGACAACAGCUGGACGAAGGAGGGCAGUGUUCAUCUUAGUCUCGGGUCGUACGCCCAAAUGGCCGCGAGGCGACGGGAAUACAUGGAAUACAUGCAAAAGGCAAAAUCUCUUGCCACGUCGCAUAGUAUCAUCAACAACAGUAGGAGCAGUGCUUGGAAAGACAAGAAACAUUCGCAUGGUGGCAAGGCAACAUGUCCCGUUUUACGAGAGCCAACCUCGGGAAUUGAUUCCCCGAAGGAGUUGCUGCGGGAGGGAUAUGCAGCAUACUGGAGAUACCUUACCGCUUUGUUGAUGCAGAAUGGGAAUAAAAAAGCGGGUCAUACGGACGCGUCGAUGGCGCGUUUAUUUGGAACGUUGAAAUCUCGGCGCUCGCCCUACACGGGGCUCACGUGGAGGGAAUUUAAGUCACUGUUUUAUCUAAGUAAUAGUUUUUCAAUGAACACAAACUCCUCCUUCCCUCUUCAUGCCGGUGGCACUGAACCAACCACAGAGAUGCAGGAAGAUCCUUUUUUGGUACUCUCUAUGUUAAUGCGGCCAUCAUGUGCUGCAUGUGGACCGGAUGCACGCGAGCUGCAGAUGUUGUAUUUAUUAUCCAACGGCGGAAGGGAGCGGAUUGUAACGCAGCCAACACGGGAGUGGCUCUAUGAGUCCGUACCUACUGUCCCAAAACCAAAGUUUUCCACCAUAACGCCAAAGAAGCAAUCACACACGUUGGAAUCAUCACGAAAGAAGAACAACGCAUUUGUGGAGAAGGGGACGCCAUCUGGAUCGCUUUUUUCAUAUGCGUCACAGUUCUCUACAACUGCACAUGGAGCGAGGUGCAGCGAUAAUACGUUGGAUAGGGACUCGUCCUAUAUUGCCGUGAAAUUCGAUGCGGUUGAGCCCAAGCAGCAUGAGGCGCAACGGCGACGGGGUUUUAACGGUAAUGAAGAUCAUGAUGUAAGUGGGGCUCUUCCUUUUACAAAUUCCCCUGAUUCCACUGCUGGAGGUCAUUUCUCCGACGUCAUUUACUCCCCUAAGACAACAGAAGCAGAAGCAACUGUGGGUAAUGUGGAUGGAACGCGUCAUGAGCACCAAAAACUUCAAGAGACAAAAUAUGCGCCGGAUACUACUGACGCCCCUUCUGUACAGUCUAUUUGUGAGCAGGCCUUUGAGAAAUCGGAGGGAGGAAUUUGUAAGAAACUUGAUGCAUUGGGCACCAUGCCUGCGCAACAUUUUCCAGGUAUGUAUGAGAAUUAUACGGAGAAAUGUGAAGGAGAUCUCAAGAGAAGUCAUGUGAAUGGUACCAUAAACAUGACGCCAUGUGUUCAUUCAGUUGUGAAAUCCACCGACGCACAUGUUGACAAGUCUCGUGACAUGGGAGGCAGCAAGGAGGGAAAAGAGAGAAAGGGAAAGGAUAACGAUACACAUGCCACAUGGACGGAAGAGCGACGAAGUCUUGAGGAAAAAUUAAUUAUUAUUGCCGCUGAGCGAGAUAUGCUGAUGGAUCAGCUUCGUAUAUACAAUACAUACGAUGAGGCAAAGCAGAAAAGAAAGAAGGAAACGCAACCUCAGCAGACACCAUCAGGCACCGUAUCAUAG